CACCACUCGGACAGCCCGGGGCAGGGCGAAUCCCGCGCCUGGAGGGAACAGCGGCUUGUCGCGGCCCCCGGCCCCAACACACCCUGGGCAGGGCAGGGCGGCGCGGCGCGGCGGCUGGCUCGGGGGCUGACUCAGCCGCCCCGCCCCGUGCGGGGGGUGGAGCUGGGCUGCGGGACGGGAUUCACUCCGGCCGGGCAUCGCUCCGCGCACACUGCCGGGCGAGCGCGGCACAGCGGGCGGGACAUGACGGACACCUUGGUGCCCCGGGGCUGCGGGGCGGCGCGGCAAGCGGAGGGCGGCUAUUUCCGAAAGGGAUGUAACCCCUUGGCUGAGACUGGCCGAAGCAAACUGCAAAAUCAAAGAGCUGCCCUAAACCAACAGAUCCUGAAAGCAGUAAGGUUGAGAACUGGUGCUGAAAAUCUUUUACGGUGCUGUGAAGUAAACAACUGCUCCCAGGGCAAACUGUGUUUCAGACUCAUUUCUAGAGCAACCACCAACAACAAAGUGCGAGAGCAGGCACUUCUGGAACUGAGUUUUGUAAACUCAGACCUACAAAUCUUAAAGGAGGAAUUAGAAGGACUUAAUAUCUCAGUGGAAGUUUAUCAGAAUAUAGAAGAGACUUUUAGCAUUCCCCUGAUACCACUUGGCCUGAAGGAGACUAAAGAAGGGGACUUUACAAUCCCUCUUAAGGACUUUAUCCUGGAACAUUACAGUGAAGACAGUUCUGACUAUGAAGAUGAAAUAGCUGAUCUUAUGGAUUUGAGACAAGCCUGCCGUACUCCCAGCAGAGAUGAAUCUGGCAUUGAGAUGUUGAUGAGCUAUUUCAUUCAACUUGGCUUUGUAGAGAACAGAUUUUUUCCACCUACCAGACAAAUGGGGGUUUUAUUUACCUGGUAUGAUUCCUUCACAGGCGUCCCUGUCUGUCAGCAGAAUUUGUUGCUAGAAAAGGCCAGUAUUUUAUUUAAUAUUGGAGCCCUCUACACACAGAUUGGUACAAGAUGUAAUCGGCAGACCAAGCCCGGACUUGAAAAUGCUGUUGAUGCUUUUCAGAGAGCUGCAGGUAUUUUAAACUACCUAAAGGAAACAUUUACUCACACACCAAGUUAUGACAUGAGCCCGGCCAUGCUGAGUGUACUGGUCAAAAUGAUGCUUGCUCAAGCUCAAGAGUGUGUCUUUGAGCAGAUCAGUCUACCUGGAAUACGAAAUGAAUUUUUCACACUAGUGAAGAUGGCUCAGGAAGUUGCUAAGGUUGGAGAGGUUUACACGCUUGUUAACACUGCAAUGAAUCAGGCACCAAUCAAGGCGAACAUCCCUUAUUCCUGGUCAAAUAUGGCAAAAAUAAAAUCAGACCAUUACAAAGCUCUGGCACAUUACUUCGUUGCUACUCUACUGAGUGACCACCAGUUGCAUCCCAGCGAUGAUGAAGACAAACAGGAAAAGGUCUGGUCCCAACUGCAUGACUACAUGCCAGAAGGAUUGACGUCCCUAACCAUUUUAAGGGAUAAAGUUCAGCGAAAACGAUUAGGGAAAGCACAUUUACGCAAGGCCAUUGUUUAUCAUGAAGAAGCACUGAGGGUUUGUGGUUUGUGCAAACAGCUUCGGAAUAUUAACAUUCUUCAGGAGAUUCUGACAGUUGCUCACAAGCGUUCACUUACCAAGUAUGAGCAUGAGCAGGAAGAUGACUUCCUGAGUUUAAUGGAAGCUUCCCCUGUCCUUCCUAAAACAGAGCAUAAAGUAGAAAUGAUUGUUCCUCAGUUCUCCAAGGUGAAAGUGAAAGACUUCUUUGAGAGGCUGGGCCCAUUGCCUGUGUUUUCAGCCAAGCAGAGAUGGACAGUCCCACGCACUAUUAAUUUCCAUUGUCAAGAAAGGGGAUUGGGAUUCACUCUUAAAGGGGGCCCACCCGUGCAAGUUCACUGUCUCGAUCCAGAGUGUUCUGCAGCAUUAAAGGGUCUGAAAGAAGGAGACUAUAUUGUUUCAAUUAAUGGCCUGGAUUCCAAAUGGCUGGGAGUGAAUGACGUCUUGGAAAAGUUCAAAAGCAUGGGAGAGAACAACAUUGAGAUUAAGGUUAUUAGUUGUCAGGAUACGAUGGCUUCUGUGCAUAAUAAGAGUGCCACUUACUCUGUGGGAAUGCAAAAGACAUAUUCCUUGAUCUGCUUAGCUAUGGAAGAGGAUAAAAUCAAUGAGACCAAGAAAGCCACUCCAAAACGGUCCUUUCUAAGUUGGGGAACCAAAAAUAGGCAGAAGGCUGCAAGCACCCUGUGCCUUCCCUAUGCUGUAGCUGGAAGUUCUCAGACUAAGAAGAAACUUGAUUCUCGUUUGACAGUCCUGGACACUGAAAGUUCAUUGUACUGAGUCUUUAAAGAGAAGAAUCUGUUUAAUGUGAAACUAUUUCUAAAUGCAGAAGAAUUUUUGUGCAUGUACCAGAAAUGUGAAACAUAUAUGGAAGGGGCUUGAUACUAAUCUUUUACACCUGUGUAUAUAGAGACUAACUCCACUGACAUGAAGUUAGUUACUAUGUAGUUACUAUGCAUUUACACCGAUGCAACUGGAGGCCAAACGGUGCAAAACUGUAACUUUGAAAACUAAUUGUUUAGAGUCUGAACUUGCAUGUAGUAUUUGAUCAGAACCAGAAGUAGUGUGUGGGGUGUCGGGGAAUCAUUUGUAAAAAACAAAACUUACUUUAACUGAAACUGGACUCUCUUGGAAUUUCAGUAUGGGAGUGUUUCAGUUCUUUUGUAUGCACACGUUAGAUGACAGUUAUUUAUUACAGAUGAUACUGUAUAUAGAGUAGUACUGGACAUAAAAUGAAGGAUUUUUUUAAAUGUAAAAGUUUAGUACUCAACAAAAAAUUGCUAAGCAUCAGUUUAAACUAAGGCUAACUAAAGAACAAAUGACAAGAACAGACCAGUUUGUUAUGAUAGAACUAUUACUCACUUAGGUGAAAUUUACACUGUGCAAAGGAACAGUACAAGGCCUAUGUACCCUGUAACUCACACUUUGAGCCUCUUGAGUGUUUUCCUUCUACAUAAGUGUGAAUUUCACUGUAGGAAAAGAAUAAUUUCAAUAGCUUAACUAUCAAAAGGAGAUCACAUUUCAGCUACAAAAGACUAGGACAGCACUAAUUUAAAAAAAAAAAACAAGAUUCACUUUUAAUAUCUUACAUCUUGUUAAAUUAAUUAGAAACAAGGUUUGCUCCCAACUUGAAAUUAUUUAACUCAAAGUACAAGCUUUUUGUAGUAUUAGCCUUGUUAAAAUGAGUGAAAGUUGUGUAUAAUUUCACACUUCUACAGCAAAAAUAAUGAGUCAAAAUACACAAUUUGUGAUGACACUUUAAAAGUGUGUAAUUUUAAAAUGGUCUUUAAGUCACUCAGCAAUAAAUCAUUAUUUAUUAUAUAGUGCCAAAUGAGAGCUAGGUGCUUUAUGGACAUAUGAGAACAAGGGCUGUGCUUCAAAGAAUUUACAAUGCAAGUAGCUAAAUCCACCUCCAUAUUGAACUGAAAAGCAAAUUAGGAAGCCAUCUAAAGUGUAAUUGUGUGUUAAUUUCCUUAUGAGAGAAGAUUUGUUUAUAUAUUUUCUGAUUGUUUUAAAGUUGCUAACACUGUAGUGUUAGAUUAAGAUGCUAUCUACAGAGUAGAUCGAUGCUGUUUGAUACUCAAAACACUAAACAAUAAUGGAAAAAAGUGUGUACCAAGCACAUUUUGAGACACUGUGGGUACAAUCUUUCACUCGUGUUUGGUUUUGUGUUAUAUGAUAGAUGUAAAUAUGUUAAAUUUAAAAGCUUAUUUAAGAAUAAAAAUCAUGCUGCCAUUUAGUAGUGGCUUUUUUCAUUCUUGUACAGAUUGGAUGAAACAGUAUAACUUACAAAAGUUUCACUGUUGACUUCAUUUUGAAGCUAUGUGCUAGCAGACUCAUGUUCAUAUAGUUUCUUCAUAAAGAAUAACAUUGAAUUAGCAGACAACUGUCUCAAGUUAGACUUUCAUGUGCAAUAUUGGAACUAACCCUAUAAAACUAGCACCAUUACAAGAUAAAGUUUUCUAAAAAUUUUCCAGAGUUUUGAGUUAUUUUGUAAAGGGUUGUCAUCUUCAAUUUUAUUCAUUUACAUUUUUACAAGUGCUGCAAAUCACUUAUUGCUUUAAAUGUUCACUUUCUCUACUCUGAAUUAG